UGAGCUUGAUCGCCCCUUUGCUAGCCUAGCCUAGCCUAGCUAGCCGAUUGGAAGCACACUCAUCAUAUGGAGGCGGUGGUGGCGAGGCUGGCCUCGGAGAGCGCGGUGGUGGUGUUCAGCGUGAGCUCGUGCGGCAUGUGCCACGCCGUGAAGCGGCUCCUCCGCGGGCUGGGCGCCAGCCCCGCGGUGCACGAGCUCGACGAGGACCCCCGCGGCAGGGAGAUCGAGCGCGCGCUCGCCGGCAUCGCCGGUCGCCGGGGCGGCCCCGCGCCCGUGCCGGCCGUGUUCAUCGGCGGCGCCUACGUCGGGCCCAUGGAGGCGGUCAUGUCGCUCCACCUCGGCGGCCGGCUCGUGCCGAUGCUCCGUUCCGCAGGGGCGAUCUGGCUAUGAUAUGAUCAAUCGUCGAAUCAUCAAUUCGGGCUAAUCAGAGCGAAGGCCAGUGUUGUUCAUCAAUAAUCGUCAUGAUCGUAAUAAUCCUGAUUGCCCUAGCUAAUA